UGAAUAAGAUAAAUAUAAACCAGCUGGGAUGAAAGGGGGAAAUAUUUCCCAUUUCCUCCCGUUUUCUCGUUUUAUUUAUAUUCCUUUUUACUCAGUUUUGUUAUAACUGUUCUGUAACUUGAGAAUAUUCAUCAAAUAUAAUAUUUAAACAAGAUGAGAUAUAAUGACAAGGAAUUAGUUACAGUUAGUGAAAGUAAACCCGAUCUUGAAGGUGUUUUGCAUCAUAUGAAACCACAAGGGAAUGAAUGGUCAGAUUGGUAUCAGCAGCCCUCAUUUAAGGAAAGAUAUUUCAAGCUUAUAGCUAAUUUACUUUAUUAUUAUAGAACAAAUAAUGAAGUGGAGCCAUUAGGAGUACUUGUUUUGGAAAAUGCUCAGAUUGCUUAUGAACGCCCCCAUAAAGGUAUACCCUUUGCAUUUUCUAUAACAUUUAAAGUAAAUGACAAAUUCAAAGAUACUGAAGCUAAGCAUAUAUUUUCGUGCCGUUGUGACAGGGAUGUGAGUAAAUGGGUAUCAGCUUUGAAAACUGCCUCAUAUGAGUACUGGAGAUCACAAUAUUUAAUUUUAAAAACUAAAAUAGACAUGAAAGCUGGAAAUGAUCCUGUGUUAGAAUACUUAAAAGACAAUAAUGUAUCAACAACCUCAACAAUGAAGGUGGAAAUAAAAAAGAAAAAAACUAAAAGUACAAAAUCAACAUUUUAUAGCCACAUUGAGACAAACACUUUGUUUCAAAAUUCGACUACUCACUGUGCUUCAAGAGAAGUAGUUUCUACAUCAAAUGAAACUAAUAACCUAGCAAUAGAUAAUUUAAUUACUUUCUAGUUAAUUUAUCUGUGUUUGGGGGAUCUCUUUUAAAAAUGUAUAUUUACAUUUUCUUUAUUUAUAAACUUUUUGCUUGCCAUCAAGGCUGAAAAUAUGGGCUUAUCAUAGUAGCCCUGUACCAAAUAAGUAGUAUUUACUCUUGGGUAUCUGACAGUUUUCUCUCUAAUUUAUUUCAUUUUUUAUAUUGUAUUUUUAUCAUAUUCAUUAUUUUUCAUAUUAUGGGAAUAUUAAAAAAAAUAAAUAUUAAGAAAAACAUGGGAUCCUGAUGAAAUAAAUCUAGUCACAUAACUAUUUACUGUCAAACCUACAUUUUGUAAAAUAUUUUUAUAUAUAGUAAAAAAUAA